GGAUGGUCCGGAUGGCGCAUGCUGCCCAGACGAGCCUUUUUUGCAGAAGAUUCGAGAAGGUGCUGGACUCUUUGUCCCAGUCCGCGAAGACAUGAAUUGCAAUGCAAAAAAAUUGGAGCAUUGUUCCGGGUUCCUCGACGAAGACGAGCAGCACCUCAUUAUAAGCAUGCUGAAUGGCAGCUGGUCUGACGACCUCUCACAGAAAGCAGAGCUCACACACGUGUGCAGUGCUGGAUGCUGCAGGGACCGCCAAGAAAGCGUGCAGAAGGUGAAGAAGGCACUGCAGAUUGCUUUGCGCAUGUGCGCAACACCACUACUGUACCGUUGGAAGCAUGUGUCCCCUAUGGCAGAAAUGGUUCUCCGCGGACUUCUCAUUCACAACCUCUGGCCCUACGUUUGGAGAGAAUGCAUGCGGGAGAAACAUGACGUCGAAGUGGAGAUUCCUGAGACUGCAGAUGACCCGAACUUGUCGCCUGCAGAGGCUCAGAAGAUCCGUUCAGCGAAAGUACUUCAGAUGCUCGAAAGUCCCGAUUGCAUCGCUUCUUUCGCCAGGGCUGUUCUCCUGGUGCGGCCUUUGCGACUGUACGUAGACUUCGUCUCGCUGGUAGAGACGGUGCGUCUGCACAGGCGCCUCCACCGCAAAGGACUUUUGGCGGCUGGAUCCGGUACCCGCCACGACGAGAACGAUCUUGUGCACAUGAACCUGCAGCUGGUGACUGGCCGCAGAGGAUUGCAGGUGUGCGUAGACUUCCUGGAGUUGCUCCGUGCCAGCCCCGACCAGGAGGAGAAUCAAUGGAAUGCGGAAGUGAACCUUGAUCAUGACAGCACCGUCCCCUCCGUCCUCAUGGCCAUGUGUGAUGCAUUCCGACGGCUGCAUGCGUGUUUCCUAGGCAUCUUCGUCAGUCGUCUGGUGCUUGCAGCGCAUGUCGUGACAGGCUGUUUGCAGAGGAGUGCACUUCGUUUCCGCGCUGCUAGUGAGACGGAGCGUUCUUCGUCGUCGGAUUCACCUGAUGUCAUUGUUUCCCAUGAUCCCUCGUCGCACUGCGGAUGUGACAUUUCUGCCGAGAACGAGAACAGCGAUGUGCAGGAGCAUUUUUUGGAGGAAGAAGCUCACGAGCAAGAGGAGGAGGAAGCUGCCGAAGAAGAUGAAGAAGUUGAUUUACACCGGGAGCCAACUGCCUCCACGACGGGCAGUGCCCCAGUCCCAGCGCAAGGUGGUGAAGAUGCAGCCGCAGGCCCUGACCUGCAGGCAGAGGGGUCAGGGAGCGGGUCGUGGAUUGUCCUGCCGCCCCUCUCUCACAGCCAAAGCAAUGGUGAAGGAAGUGAGUCAGAGGCUGACUCUUCUCACUCGGAAGUGGAAGUGGGGACUGGCCUUGUCGGUCCUGUCACACGGGCAGGAGGUGAUGGAGAUCACCGGGAUCCUGGGCCACCUGCACCUACAUCCCUGGCCAACAAUCGUGUCGUGGUUCAGGUACGCGCAGGACGCAAUGUGACCACUGUGAGUGCGACCAGGGAGACGGCUCGGAUUGCCGUCGUUGUCUACGGCAGUGCCAAUGAUGUAUACAUGAAGUAUGUGCUGGAUGGCAACAUUGACGACAGGCAGAAGGAGGCACGCUUUCAGCAAGUCAAAAGCCUUCUCCGUGACAUUCUGAUUGAAUUACCGGCAUCCAGCGUUGAAAUCGAAAAGAUGCACGCCAACACUUUGUUGGACAACAAGGUCUGGAGACAGGAGGCAAAAGGGCCCAGCAGGUGUCAAAUGGACACGUACACAACUGGUGUGUCCUUGGAGCAUGAGCAGCUCAAGAUGGCAUGCGAACAGCAGUGUUUGGGCAAGGGUCGUCGGCGGACCUUGAGGUUGCUACAGACACGAUUAUGCGAUUCGUCGGGCCCAAACAACCUGGGCUUGAAUGUGCGGAGGAAGAGGAAGAGCAAGCAUUUGGAAGCAGCAGAUGACGAGCAUGCCGCAGAUGUGCCGCAGCCAGCGUCGCGAAACAAAAGCAUGAGUGGGUCCCAAGUUGGGGACAGGCGCGCUUUGGUGGAGAAGGACUCUGUUUCCCGCCAAUGGCAGCGUGCGACUGCUGAGGAAAAGGCAGAGUACCAAAGGCAGGCAGACAGGAUGCAGGCUGCGCGUGAAGAGGUCUUGAGUCAGUCACUGUCGAAAACCGAACUGGACGAGCACCCAGCUCUCCGAAAGUCGCAGAUCUCGCGGCUGCAUCAUGCCCGGCUUGGCCACAGUGUUCAAGAUCUUUCCCAGCACCCAGUAUGGGACAGUGGCCUGAAGGUGGCUGGACACAACAGCCCCCUCAAGGAAGAGCAUGUGUUGUCGGGUCUCUCCGAGGAAGACUUGCAGCAGAAACACAAGGCUUUGUUUGGGUUCGAUCCUACCGUCGUGCCAAACCCGCAGCGGAUGCCGACUUUCCACCGCAGUUGCCGAUCCUUCUGUGCUGGCUUAUGCAGGUGCAAUGAGAAUUUCGAGAUAGUCGUUGACCUCGUUCGGGCUUUUGAGCAGUCAUUGCAAGCGCGCAAAUUGUCCGGGGAGCCGAUGGUUUUAUCGGUGCAGCCGAUUCACGGCGAGAAGCAGUGGGUGUUCCUGGGCUGCGUGUGCAAACGACCGAUGUUACAGCAUGUUGUGGUGCACUUGUGGGCCCGGACUCCGGAACAGCUCUCCAUUACAGUGAAAGACGGUGCUCCGCAGAUUUCGACCAUGCACCAGAUAUUGGAGACGCAGAUUCGACAGCAUGUUGGCGCCGGCAGGCCGCGAGACACCUUCCGUGUCGAGGUUUACUUUUUCCCGGACUGCAGCUGUGGUCAAAUUGACGCUGACCUUGUUCUCUACCCGCGCGAUGACAAGUUCUCAGACUCCAUCGUACUGCCGCACGACACGGCCGACCCACCGAACUACGUACGUCGAGCAGCCCCUGUUCGUGGAAAGUUACCCUUCGGAAUCGGACGGCCGCCCCAAAAGCCGGCCAAGAGAUCCGCGACUGGCAUGAAGAAACAGAAAGAGACGCGGGGAUCUGGCAGUGAGGAAGAGGGGGAAGCUCCAGUGUCGGCAGCUUCUGCAGCGCACGAUGCCACUCUUGACAUGGCCCCGGAAGCCACCAACGUGCCCAGUGCAGAGACAAGGCUGGAAGCAGAUGAUUUCGCGGCUACGUUGCCACCUGCUUUGGCGCGGGAACUGCUCGCUGGUGUUUCUGCAGAGGAGAGCCUGGACAAUCCCAAUGCCGCGGCCAAUGCGAGUGAGUCAAAAAAGAAGCCACACGGCCAGCUUGCCACUGCUGCCGGCGGUGGUUGCAAGUUUCAAGCCACGCUUGGAAUUAUCGAUGUUGGGCCGGUGCUGAGGAAAGGUGUUUCCUGCUACAACUGCGGAGCAGUCGUCGACAAGGGAUGUCUCAAGUUCACAUAUGCAUUUAAAAGAAACAAACCAGCUCGCAGCAUUCACACAUCUUGCCUGCCUCAAAUUCCGAAGGAGCUUGUGCAAGCAUCUGUGGCCACGUUGGAGAAUUUAGUGCACGGGCACACUCGGGCUUUGAAGCCUCCUGAAGCAUCGGCAUGCCACGAGGCACUGCGU